GGUCAAUUUGACCCGAUUCAAUGUUUAAUGUCGGUGUUCUUUCGGGAGUCAACAAACAAACAUAAAGUACCUCACACUUAAACUUGGAAAACAAUAUUAAUUCUAAUAAUUUUCUGGAGAUUUUAAUAGCUGGGGUCAUAUUGACCUCAAGGGUAAAAUAUGUUAGUAAAUAUAAAGGUAACAGGAGGGUUAAACAUUGAAUCGGGUCAAAUUGACAAGAAGGCAACACAAGGGUUAACAUAAUAAUGAUUUAAUCACGUUGAUGGAUUAAACACUUACGUUGUGUAUUUAAAGCUGUUAUUGUGAAACGCCGCCCGGAUGUGUGCGCGCGUCACUGUGGCUCACUAGCCGCGGGGUCUCCGCUCUCAUUCACUCCGCGGUGAGGACACCCGUUGGAGCAACUGGAGGCAAACGGCGGCUCCUCUCGACGGAAGAAGAAGAAGAGAAGGAGGAGAAGAAGAAGACGAAGUAGAACGAGGUGAAACCUCUCGGACACACGCCGGGAAACGCGGACUUCGUUGGGGGGGAUUUAAAACUCGAGAGCGGUAUCGAUUUUUGUAUAUUCCGGGCCAACUGAUUAAUUGCGUGCACUCCCGUGUUUUGGAAUCACACGCACGCGCACACACACACGGAGUCACACAGGUUGCUGGCCCAGCUAGCUCGCGGCGGUUCGUUCCCUUCAGUUUCUUUCCCGGGGUUUCGACCCGCUGCAGCUGAAAGUUUAAAAGGGGGAAGAAAGAAAAGAAAGAAAAACAAACUGUCAGACAGUUCUUCUUGUUCCUCUUCUUCUUCAGACGGUCUGCGUCCCGACUCCGGCACGAUGUGGUGUUUGUGGCCGGCUGGUAGCAUCGGCUGACUGGAGCCUGACGUCAAGUCUCUGGAGCUGGAUUUAACUCCCGGGAGUCGGUUCCGGUCCGGGUUUUUUUUUUUUAAAGGUGGACUUUGCCCUCCACCUCCCUUUCAAUCAAAUAAAAGAAAGGUUCUAUUGAUUCUUCAGGUUUUUUUUGGAGUAUUUAAAAACUUUGGCUGAAAGUUGUUUUUUUCUUUUCUUUUGGAGGUAAAAAAAAAAGUUUGUGAAAGUUUUUUUUUCUUUUUUUUUUUUCGAACUCGUGGAAAAAAGAUGGAUGCGGGUAUCGAGAAGGAAUGCAGCGCCUUGGGAGGGCUCUUCCAGCUCAUCAUGAACGACAUGAAGGCCAGUUAUCCAACGUGGGAGGACUUUAUAACCAAAGGAGCCAAGCUACAGUCCCAGCUCAGGACGACCAUCGUGGUGACCGGAGCCUUCCUGGACGCCUUUCAGAAGGUGGCCGACAUGGCGACCGGGACCAGAGGGGCCACCAAGGAGAUCGGCUCGGCGCUGACCAGGAUGUGUAUGAGACACCGGAGCAUCGAGUCCAAACUCAAACUGUUCACGACCGCUCUCUCUGAAGGCCUCGUCACGCCGCUGGAGCUCAAGAUGGAGGAGUGGAAGAAAGUGGCGAGUCAGCUGGACAAGGACCACGCUAAAGAGUACAAGAAGGCCCGGGCGGACAUCAAGAAGAAAUCCUCUGACACCAUAAAACUGCAGAAGAAGAUGAAGAAAGGGAAGGACGAGGUGCGCUGCCAGCUGGACAGCGCCCUGCAGGACGUCAACGUGCGCUACGCCGUCCUGGAGGAGACGGAGAAGCGGGCCGUGUGCAGAGCGCUGGUGGAGGAGCGGGCGCGCUACUGCGGCUUCGUUAGCAUGCUGAAGCCCGUACUGGACCAUGAGAUCAACAUGCUGGGUGAGGUGACUCACCUGCAGACCAUCCUGGAAGAUCUGACCAACCUGACGGCUGAGCCCAAUAAACUGCCUCCAGCCAGCGAGCAGGUGAUUCUGGACCUGAAAGGUUCUGACUUCCUCUACAGCUACCAGACGCCUCCCGCCUCGCCCAGCGGCUCCAUGUCGAGGAAGAGCAGCAUCAGCAGUAACUAUCAGUCCGGCUCCGUGAGACACGUUCCCUCCUUAGACUCCAUCAGCUGCGUGGAUGGAGUCCACCGCCAGAGUUGCUCCUCCCCCUAUCUGCUGAUUGGCUGCGAUGAAAGUGGGCGGUCCCUCAGCGAGGGUAACUCCCCCUCUCGCUUCGGGCGCCAUGGCGGCUGCCUCGGCCCCGCCCCCCGCCACGCCGUGCCGCGCCGCCACGUUAGCCGCAGGGACGUGACCACCGAAGCUCAGCUGGUUGUCAGGGGGGCAGAGAACGGCCUGUUGGCUCCGCCCCUCAACGUCUACGCCCACCUGGGGGAGAGAGCCCGGGCCAUGUCGGUGUCUGGGAAGUCUUGCUCGGCCCGUGAUCAGCUGGCGUUGACGUUGGGUGCGUUGCAUUCGGACGCCCCGAGGAGCAGCAGGGACUCUCUGCACUGCUCCAGUGGCUACAGCACCCAGACCACCACGCCGUCCUGCUCCGAGGACCCCAUACACACACAUGUGGACUAUGAGUCCAUCUCUCUCCACGGUGACGCUGACUCCUCCCCCUUCUCUCUCCGCGGCGUCCAUCCUGACUUUGACAAGUCGUCCACCGUCCCGAGGAACUCGGGCCUGAGCCUCCAGUACCGGCGCUUCGCUCAGUCCCAGCGGCCGGCGUCCAGCGCCAGCCUGCUGGAGCCCGACGGCCCGGCCCGGCCCGUGCUCCCCCGGCAGCGCCAGCCGGCGCCGGCGCACACGGCCACCAUCCGCCGCAAGCCGUCCUCCAAGCCGGCGUACCGCCGCGGCACCAUCGGCGGCGGCGUGCCGAUCCCCAUCGGCACGCCGCAGGUUCCCCUCAAGGCGGACCACGUGUUCGCGGCGCCGGCUGCCGUCGGACCGGGAGGCGUGUUCAGCAAACUGAGCGCCUCCACGCGGAGCCUCGGCGCCCCGCCGCCCUCGCCGUACUACCAGCUGGUGCCGGGCCAGAUGCCGGUCCCGGUGCCCUCCCUGCCACCGGAGGGCGCCGACGCCAAGCAGCAGAACCAGAACCAGCAGCAGCGCAAGCAGCUGCACAGCCAGCAGGUCCAGAUGCAGCAGCUGCUGCACCACCAGGACCAGGACCAGUACCAGGACCAGCUGAACCAGCAGCAGAGGCAGAAGCAGUACCAGCGGCACCAGGCCCAGCUCCUCCGGGCCUCCUCCGCCCCCCAGGCCGAGACCUCCGGUCCGGGCCACGGCGCUCAGCACCAGCUGCAGGCUCCUCCGCCCGCCGACCAGAACCAGGACCCGGACCCGCCGGCCCCGGAGGGCGGCGGGUUGAACAUGCUGAACCAGAUCCGAUCGGUGAAGCUCAAACGGACCCUCACCGACGAUCGCUCCGCCCCCCUCCUGCCCCCGCCGGCCAAUCACAGAUGAGCACCGCGCCAGACUUCCUGUGGACUUCCUGUGGACUUCCUGUGGAGCUGGACGUGUCUUCCUUCUCUUCGUACGGUUCUGCUUCCUUUCAGCCCGUUUAGUUUGUUUUUAAACAUUUUAUUUUUUAGACUUUUCAUCUUUUUCCCUUUUUUCGGUUCAUGUUUGCAUUUCGAUUAUUGUUGUUUUUCUUUUUGUCCGAUCCAGUCAACAACAACAACAGAGCUGUUGACGGUUUCAGCCGGACAGGAAGCGCUUCGUGUCUCAGAUCCUCUGUUUGGUUUCCCGGGUGCGUUUGAUUUCGCCUUUUUUUUCUUCUUCUUGCCUAGACUCCCAGGAGGGCGGGGCUUAGCCCUGCAGCCCGCUGUGUAACCUGGUUGAACCAUGGUGUGUGUGUGUGUGUGUGUGUCCGGUCGGGCCUGGGGAGGCUUCGGGGAUGCCCAAUGGUGCAGAGCGAUGACGUCAUUGAGACUCCAUGGGUCACGGGACGCCGACAGGUUGAUAUUUACUUUAAAGCGUCAACUUUUAUUUUAUGAGCAGAAACAUUUUACUUUAACACGGAUUCGGACGCCAUGCUUUUUAUUUUUAGGCUUUUUAAUUCAUUUACAAACUUUGUCCACCAGGGGGCGACGGGUGUUUUCUGACCUGUAAAAUCUCCAGUUUUCAUUUAUUGGUCAAAGGACUUAUUUAAAAAAAGAUAUAUCAUAAUAAAAAUUCUUAUUGGUCUUUUAAAGUCUAAUAUGAACCGGAACCUAAACGCAUCAUCAUAACAAUAAUAAUAAUGGAUACAUUUCAUAACGGAUGUUUAUUUUGAUAUUUACAUCGGGCAGCUGACGGGUCUCUUGAUGUCAUAUUUUAUUUCUGGGCUGCAGCUCUCCGUCGUUUCCUUUAUCCAUUAACCCGGAAAUCAUUUUUAUGUUUUUGAUUGUGAAGAUUUUUUUUGUUUUAAAGUCUGUCACGUCUACAAGUUUUGAUCUGGAAGUUUAAGAAUUUAAAUGAAACUCUUUUUUAUUUUUUGUACUCGCCGGUCCGGCCCAGUAGCUGGUUCUACUUCUGGUUCUGGUCCAAGUUGGUAAAGAUAUUUAAAUCUGUUUAUUUGUUGACCUGCGAUUCUUCUUAAAGGCGCAGUACGCCUCAUUUCUCCGCUGAUUGAUUAGAGCUCAUUGGGGUGUUUUUUUGAGUUUGUUGACGUUAUCCCACAGAAUGGGUAAAAGACGCGUUGCCUCUCUCAGUUUCCCGCCGUGCAUUCUGGGAAGCCGUACGCUCCACACGUAGUGACUUCUGUUGACGUUUUAAACGACACCCGGUGGCGAUAACCGGAACUGCAGCUGACGGUGAUUUUUAUUGGCCGUUAAUGUGACGCUUGUCUUCUUUAAAAUAUCAGGGAAUAUAAUUAAUAAAAAAACAUCCAGAUCCCAAAGAGUCAAAAUCUAAACAUAUUUAAACAUUUGCAUUUGAAAAGCAGAACAUUGAGUUAAACUGUUACAUUUAGUUACUGCUGUUGUUCAACCCAAGUUUUAAUUUACAAACUUCAUUGUGUAAAGAAAGAUCUAUUUUUUUAAGGAGGAAAAAAAAUUAUUCUGGUUUCCGGUUCUGCUGGAUUCUGGGAAAUGUAGUCCAGUCACAACGGGUUCUCCUUCUCCAGAGAAACGUUUCUGUGUAUUUAGAGAUUUAAAAUGUUAAUAUUGAUGACGCAGAAAAACUCUGUUAUUCGAUUGAUUGAUUGGACCCCACAGCUGUGUGUGUCUAUUAGUGCUUCUAUUCCUGGGAGUGAUCAAAAUCUAUAUAUAUAUUAAAAAAAGAAAAUGCAUACAUAUCCCGAUUUUAUUUUGGUUGGUUUAUUGAUCGGAUGACGUGAUCGUCAUAUUUUUGUGGCGGAACUUUGAAGCCAGUUGAACUUCCUGGUCUUGGAGGAUCUGACUCCUGAUUGGACGCUCACCACCCAAAUGUAGAAAUGUUUUGUUCUUCAUCCGUGGGAUCGAUGAUGAUGAUAAAAAUAAUUGAUUCUUG